AAAUCGCGGUAUUUGAAUUUCUCCGUUGUUUCAACUUCAAGCCUUUCGUCGAAUCCGUCGUUCUCUAGGUGUCCUACUCCUGACAUGAAACAGCGUUCUCAAUUCUUUGUUAACCCCCAAAUUUAAUAACAUAAGUCAUAAUCUAGAGUUUCAUUUUCUACAGGCUAAUACGGCCGAGUAUACAUGUGAUUCAUCUUUUUUCUACGUUCAGCGCAUCCAACACUUCAUCUUCACGUGGCUAGUUAGCAUCGUUAGUGUAAUGGAGUUUGUACUUGGCGGAGAGCCUGGAACAGUGGAUAAUGGACAGACUACAGAAUGUAGUGCCAAAUUGAAGUCAACAAAUAGCAAUAAAAGUCUAUGUAAGAAAAAAAUUAAGACAUCAUGUAAAAAUGAAAUUUAUUUGUAUAAUUCUGGAUAUUUAAAGAAUAAUUAUGAUAAGUAUAUCAGAGAUGAUUUCUUAUAUGCAUUUGGAGCAUUUUAUUGCGAUAAAGUGAUGAAAAUUCCUCAUUUAGACUGCGUUUUGAAAACUGAAUGUUAUCAUAAAAAAACUGAAUUGAAUUAUAGACAUUAUGAGUUUGCCACAUACAUGGAAAAUAUUGUAUCGUGGCUUGAUCUUAAAUUAAAACACAUCAAUGGUGAAUCAUCAAAAUGUAAUAAAAAAACAGUUGACCAGUUGUUCAAGACAAAUGACUUUCAACAAAAUACUACAGAUAUUAAUUUAAUAUGCAAAACGCUUGAUGUAAAUACAUCAUGUUCUCAAGCACAAAAUAAUAAAUUAAAUGCUGUCACUAACUCUCCAAAUGAAAUAAUAGCAACGUCAGAUAUAGCUACUCCAAAACAAGAUUUUACUGAAAGUUCAACUAAUGAUCACAAUACUGAGAUUGUCAUGCUAAAUACUCAAAAUGAAUUAAUAAUAUCACCAGAAAUAAUUUUUCCUAAAUAUAAUUAUGCUGGAAGUUUGCCUAAUAAUUACAAGGAAGGAAUUGAUAUGGUAAAUAACACUCAAAAUAUAUUAACAACGUCGCCAGAUUUAACUUCACCAAAACAUGAUACUCCUAGAAGUUUAUCUAAUGAUCAAGAGAAAGGAAUUGAUAUGGUAAAUAACAUUCAAAAUAAAAUAACAAUGUCGCCAGAUUUAACUUCUUCAAAACAUGAUAUUCCUAGAAGUUUAUCUAAUGAUCAAGAGAAAGGAAUUGAUAUGGUAAAUAACAUUCAAAAUAAAAUAACAAUGUCGCCAGAUUUAACUUCUUCAAAACAUGAUACUCUUAGAAGUUUAUCUAAUGAUCACAAGAAAGGAAUUGAUAUGGUGAAUAAUGCUCAAAAUAAAAGUAUAGCAUUGCCAGAUUUAACUUCUUCGAGGGUGAGGUUGGGGUUAACUUCUGGAAGAAAUUCUCCUAAUGAUCACAAGAAAGGAAUUAAUAUAGUAAAUAACAUUCAAAAUAAUAAAACAAUGUCGCCAGAUAUAACUUCUCCAAAAUAUGAUACUCCUAGAAGUUUGCCUAAUGAUCACAAGAAAGGAGUUUAUAUGGAAAAUAAUCAAAGUGAUGUAACUUUUUCAAAACAUAAUUCUACUGAAAGUGCAACUAAUGGUCAUAAAAAAGGAAUUGAUAAGAUCCAUUCAAAUUUGGUGAAUAUUUCAUCUAUUAAUAAUUCUACACUAACAACCAAGUCUCAAAUAAAAAAUCGAAAUAUUACUGGUGGUAUAAAAGAAAGCACACUAGACAACCUUAAAAACAAUACUAACAACAAGGUUGUGAAUGAGAAUAAAUCAAAUUCAGCUCAAAAAAGUUCUGAUAAUAUCAUUGGUGAAGAAAUAACAAAUUUGCGUUUGGAAACUCCAGCUACUAUUAGAUUUACACAGCAAACUAAUAAAAAAUUCGAUAAAACAUCAACAAAACUAUUAAAAAGAUCAAAUUCAGUAAUAGAUUCUGAACAAAGUUCAAAGAAGAAGAAAAUAGAAAAAUCAUCUCCUAGUAAUGUAGAAAGAAAAACCAAUACCAAUACAAUUAAUAAAAAUUCAGUCAAAGAAUUAAAUGAAUCUGUAAAACAAGUUAGCAAAAAUUUGUAUAGUCGAAAUAGUAAAGGAGAAACGAAAUUGCAUUCAGCUUGUGCCAAGGGGAAAUUAAGUUUAGUAAUUUCAUUGCUUGAUGAUGGUUUCAAUCCUAAUGUUAAAGAUAAUGCUGGAUGGACACCUAUGCAUGAAGCUGUGAAAUCUGGAAAUUUAGAUAUUGUGAAAGAGUUGAUCAAGUAUGGUGCGUAUUUAAAUGUUCCUGGUUUUGAGUAUGAAAGCCCAUUAUAUACGGCUAUUAAGUAUGGUAAAUUUGAAAUAGCAAAAACAAUUCUUGAUUAUGGAGCUGAUGCAAAUUUUAUAAAUAUGUAUGGAAACAAUGUCAGAUGUCUUAAUGAAGAAAAGUUUUCUGAAUUAAUGGAAAAUCGAGUUUUAUGUAAACCAACACAAAUUAUUAACUAUAAAUUAGAUGAUAUUGUCAUAGUCUUAAAUAAUGUUUCAUUGAAAAGUGCAACUGUUAACACAUUUUGUAAACAGUUCAAUAUUAAAUUGAUUCAAAAUUUUUCGAGUGAAAAGAAAUUUUCUCAGGUUACUCACAUGAUUGUAUCAAAAACAGAAAAUAAUACUUGUGAUGUAAAUUUAGAAUGUUUAAUUGGCAUAGCAAAUGGUUUAUUUAUAGUCAAUGAAAAUUGGAUUUCUGAUUCAUUAGAUAAAAAUAAACUUAUGAAGUGUGAAAAUUAUGAAGUUAGUGGAACAAAAUUUUUUACUGAUUCUAAUGGUCCAAUGAUAUCAAGAAUAAACAAACAGAAACUGUAUCCAAGAUUAUUUGAUAAUAUAAACAUACACAUAUGUGGAAGUAAUGGUUGGAAUCAGUUUACACUUGAACAUUUAAAAAAACUAGUUGUCGAAUUCGGUGCUAAACUAUUAAUACGUAUGCCAAAUCCAGAAGACUGCCCUACUAAUAUAAUCCCAUAUCAUUGCCGUAAUAAUGAUCAGAUGUUUCAUGUUUCUAACAUCAUAUUAUAUACAAUGGAUUCAAAUAGGCUGAUAAAGUACAAUAUGAAACAUUUAAAAGCUUUUCAUAUUUCAUGGUUCAUGGAUGCAAUUCAAAAGUAUAUUAUAUAAAAUAGUUAUUUAUGUUAACUAUUUCCUAUUGUAUAAUUAUUUUUUUAUUGUCAAUAAUAACUGGAAACGAGUUUGUUAAAUAUAAAAAAUUAAAUUUUAUAUUUUGAAAUAAUAAUUUCAUAAAGAUUAUAUACUUAAAAGUGAAAAUACAUAAAUUAUUUUUGUUUAUAAUUUUUUAAGAAAAUCUUUAAGCAUUUAUUUUUUGAUUUAAAUAACAGUUUAUUUAUUAUUAUUAUUAUUAUUUUUUUUUUUUUUUAUAAAUAUUUUAUAGUUAAUUUUGUUUUACAUUUAAUAAACAAAGUUAAUAAGUUAAAAA